AUGGAAUCGUAUUUGGUGAAAUUUAUAAAAACAAAUAAACAUAAUUUCGAGAAUCGAGUGCUUAUAAAAAAGAAUGACUCACCUCGAUCGGAGAUAAACAUUGUUCAAGAAUGUGCCAUAAAAAAUAGAAAGUUUAAACAUACUUUUAAGAUUGAACAAUAUAAAAAAACUUCGUGGUUGUGCGAAUGUGAUAAACAACAUGCUUUGUUUUGUUUUCCUUGUUUAGUUUUUGCAAAUAAUGAAAAUAAUAAAUCAGAAAGGACAAAAACGGGUGUUAGGAAUUUAUCUCAUUUAUCAGCAAAAACUAAACACUUUUAUUAUUAUUAUUAUUAA